AUGAUCUUCUCUAGAAUCCAUGUAAUAAUCACUUACUUGCUUAUUGUAUCCAUCCCUUAUGCCGUUUCAAUAUCGUUCAACUUGACAAUUAUCGGUCCACAGAAUUUGAACCGUGAAAUAGAAGUUAAUGGAAGUUAUGUCUCUGAUGGUGGAAUUCAGGUGACCCCAAAUGAGAUUGGUUCAGAUCGAACCCAGAAAGCAGGACAAGCCAUAUACUUUAGACAACUUCGGCUUUGGGACAAAAGAAAUGGUGAGUUAGCAAGCUUUGCAACAAACUUUACUUUUGUGAUUGAUUCAAAUGGGUCAGCAAAUUAUGGUGAUGGCCUUGCAUUCUUUCUUGCUGAGAAAAAUUCCGUGAUAACAAAGGGUGGAGCAAUGGGACUUCCCAUUGAUCCCAUCACCAUUAACGCCACAAACAGAUUUGUUGCGGUGGAGUUUGAUACUUAUUAUAAUACUGGGUGGGACCCGUUACCCUCUAACACUUCUCGAGUUGCCGAUCAUGUGGGUAUCAGCAUUAGCUCACUUACUUCUGUUAGGACUCAGAGUUGGUUUAGCGAUAUAACUCGUGGAAGAGAGUGUCAAGCUUGGAUUACAUAUGAUUCGGUCUCCAAAAAUCUUAGUGUUUCCUUCACUGGUUAUCGAAACAAUACAAUCGUACGUCAAGAUGGACUUGUUUACAAAGUUGAUCUCAGAAAUGAGUUGCCUGAAUGGGUUAUUUUUGGAUUUUCUGCUGCAACUGGAGCUAGUUUUCAGAGAAAUAAUGUGAUAUCGUGGUCUUUCAGUAGUUCUGAUUUACAGAAUGUUAAAGGGAAAAACAGAAAGGUAGGAUUAGUUAUUGGAUUAGCGGUUGGGAUUGCUUUUACUUUUCUGUUUUUGUUUGUUUUAUGGAGGUGGAAAAAGAAAAGCAGAAAAAAUGAAGCAGAAGAUGAUGGACUUGAAGUUGAGAUGAACAACGAAUUUGAAAUGGGAACCGGGCCAAAAAGAUUUUCCUACAAUGAAUUAGCUAGAUCGACUAGUAACUUUUCUGAGAGUGUGAAGCUUGGGGAGGGAGGUUUUGGUGGGGUGUACAGAGGUUUUUUGAAAGAUUUGAGCACAUAUGUUGCAGUCAAAAGGGUGUCAAAGAGUUCCAAACAAGGUAUCAAGGAGUACGCAUCAGAAGUUAGGAUAAUUAGCCGAUUAAGGCAUAGAAACUUGGUACAACUCAUCGGUUGGUGUCAUGAGAAAAGAGAACUCCUACUUGUCUAUGAGUACAUGGAAAAUGGAAGCCUAGAUGCACAUCUUUUCAAGGCGAAGAGCUUAUUGCUUUGGGAAACAAGGUAUAAAAUUGUCCAUGGUAUCGCUUCUGCUUUGCUGUAUCUACAUGAAGAGUGGGAGCAAUGUGUUUUGCAUAGAGAUAUUAAAUCAAGUAAUGUGAUGUUGGAUACAUAUUUUAAUGCAAAGUUAGGUGAUUUUGGGUUAGCUAAGUUGGUCGAUCAUGAGAAAGGCUCUCAGACUACAAUGAUAGCUGGAACCUUGGGUUACAUGGCUCCUGAGUGUGUAGUGACGGGCAAGGCAAGUAAAGAAUCAGAUGUGUUUAGUUUUGGUGUGGUUGCGCUGGAAAUAGCAUGUGGACGAAAACCCAUGGAGUACAAGACUCAAGAAAAGCAAAUCCGCUUAGUAGAAUGGGUUUGGGAGCUCUACGGGUUGGGGAUUCUUUUAGAGGCAGCUGAUCCCCGUUUAGGGUCAGAGUUUGAUGAAGAUGAAAUCCAACGAUUGAUGAUUGUUGGGUUAUGGUGCGCACAUCCUGACUCAGAAUCUCGCCCAUCAAUGAGACAAGCAAUUCAAGUACUAAACUCUGAAGCUUCCCUCCCUGUACUUCCCUCAAAGAUGCCGGUGGCAUCUUACUUGACGCCACCCCUGUCCUCGUUAUAUGGUGUCACUUCCAUAGUCAAAAUUCAAUCAUCAAGUAGCUACUCUAACACAGAGUCAUCAAAGACAACAAUGUCAUCAUCUCCUACUUCACCUUCUGUAUCAUUGUUGCAUUCAAUGGAAUGACAGUGUAAAUUAUUGAUCUUAA